ACCAAUUGAUGUUGAAAAAGGGUUUAAGCUUCAGAAAAAAAUAAAAAAGAAAAGAAAAAACUACUGAAAUCUGAAAAAUCCUCUUUUCUUCGAUUCAGAUUUAUUUCUCCCAUGAAAAACAGAUAACAUAAAAGAAUACUUCAACCAGGGAAAGGAUUUUGUUUUAUGGGAAAAUCACUUUCCUCUACAACUAGACUACAAGACUUCUCAAGAAUUACUAGACAAACUCUACACAAACACAAUUCAAGAAAUCAAAAAAAGCAAACUCCCAUGGGAGAAACAGCAAAAUUAGUCCCUGCUAAAGACUCAACUGAGAAAUUGAAGUUGAAACUAGAGAACCCAGACCAUCAGAAUAAUAGGAUUCCAUUGUCUGAUGUUGUUUCUGAUUGUGUAAAACGUUGGUUUCAUGAUACUCUUAAAGAAGCCAAAGCUGGUGAUAUUAGUAUGCAAGUUUUAGUUGGUCAGAUGUAUUAUAAUGGAUAUGGUGUUUCUAGAGAUCCCACUAAGGGAGGAGCAUGGAUCGCCAAAGCCUCGAGAAGUCGUUCUUCGGUGUGGAAAGUUUCCGAGAAGCGUCCAGGGUAUAAUGCAAGUGAUUCGGAUUCUACAGAUGAUAAUAAGGAGGAGGAUGUUGAGUAGAAUCAAAUUUGUUUGCAGAACUUCUAUAAUGAAAAAUGCCUCCAUGGAGCUGUGCCCCAUCGUUCAUGUUUAUACUUUCCUGUACGGCUCUACCACUGGAUGGAUCCUCAAAUUGUUUUCUUUCGCCUCCGUUAAUUUAUUUCCUUCCUGGACACAGAUCCAAAGUGUACAACUAUGUUUCAUAACUAAACUUAAGUGCCAUCUUAAGGGCAUCAUUGAUUUUUAAUCUUU